GCCGGGCCAGGUCCUGAUUCGGAUCCGGUUCCGGAUCCGGAUCCAGGCAUGAACCCACUCUGGACGCCGGACUUCCCUUCGCGGAGUUUCCCGGGGCGCCCGCCCUGGCGGCCCAGCCCGGAUUCCAGACUCUGCGCACCGCAAAAAUAGCCUGUGGCCAGAUUAACAAGUCCCGGCGGCCUGACCGCGGACGGCCCAGCUCUGGAGGGUCCGGAGCCCCAGGGCUCCGAGUCCGGCGGCCCAGCCUUCCGCGCGGCCUCUCUGCUCCUUCCUACCCGGCCACCCUGCAGGAGGCCUGCCGUACUCUACCUGGAACCAUGAAUGAGGCCCGCAGGGACAGUACAAGCAGUCUGCAGCGCAAGAAGCCACCCUGGUUAAAGCUGGACAUCCCAGCUGUGGUGCCCCCAGCAGCAGAGGAACCUGGCUUCCUGCAGCCCUUAAGACGCCAGGCUUUCCUGCGAAGUGUGAGCAUGCCAGCUGAAACAGCCCACGUGCCUUCACCCUACCAUGAGUCCCGGCGGCCUGUGCUGCAGCGACAGACGUCCAUCACACAGACUAUCCGCAGCCGACAGGUACACUUUGGGCAGGUUCAUACUCUGCCCCUCCCAGGUCCCCGGGCUGCCCGCAGGGCCUCCCCACAGCGCCAGUCUCUCUCUUGGUCCCUGCUCAGGGGGACAGCUGAUUGGUUCGGAGUAAGCAAAGACAGUGACAGUACCCAGAAGUGGCAACGCAAAAGCAUCCGUCACUGCAGCCAGCGAUAUGGGAAACUGAAGCCUCAGGUCAUCCGGGAACUGGAUCUACCCAGCCAGGACAAUGUGUCUCUGACCAGUACUGAGACACCACCUCCACUCUAUGUGGGGCCGUGCCAGCUGGGCAUGCAGAAGAUCAUAGACCCUCUUGCCCGAGGCCGGGCCUUCCGCAUGGCAGAUGACACUGCUGAUGGCCUGAGUGCUCCGCACACUCCUGUCACGCCAGGUGCUGCCUCCCUCUGCUCCUUCUCUAGCUCCCGCUCAGGUUUUAAUCGGCUCCCUCGGAGACGCAAGCGUGAGUCUGUGGCCAAGAUGAGCUUCCGGGCAGCUGCAGCACUAGUGAAGGGUCGCUCUAUUAAGGAUGGCACAUUGCGCCGGGUACAGCGCCGAAGCUUUACUCCUGCUAGCUUCCUGGAGGAGGACACGGUGGACUUCCCUGAUGAGCUGGACACAUCCUUCUUUGCCCGGGAAGGUAUCCUCCACGAGGAGCUGUCCACGUACCCGGAUGAGGUGUUUGAGUCCCCAUCAGAGGCAGCGCUCAAGGACUGGGAGAAAGCUGCUGAGCAGCCUGACCUCACGGGUGGAGCGCUGGACCGCAGCGAGCUAGAGCGAAGCCACUUGAUGCUGCCUCUGGAGCGUGGCUGGCGGAAGCAAAAGGAGGGCGGCACAGGGGCCCCACAGCCCAAGGUACGGCUUCGACAGGAGGUGGUGACCCCCUCGGGACCACGAAGAGGCCAACGCAUCGCUGUGCCCGUUCGGAAGCUCUUUGCCCGAGAGAAGCGGCCAUAUGGGCUGGGCAUGGUGGGGCGCCUCACCAACCGCACCUACCGCAAGCGCAUCGACAGCUAUGUCAAGCGCCAAAUCGAGGACAUGGAUGACCACAGGCCCUUCUUCACCUACUGGCUCACCUUCGUGCACUCACUCGUCACCAUUCUAGCCGUGUGCAUCUAUGGCAUCGCGCCCGUGGGCUUCUCCCAGCAUGAGACCGUGGACUCGGUGUUGAGGAAUCGUGGCGUUUACGAGAAUGUCAAGUACGUGCAGCAGGAGAACUUCUGGAUCGGCCCCAGCUCGGAGGCCCUCAUUCACCUGGGUGCCAAGUUCUCACCCUGCAUGCGCCAGGACCCGCAGGUGCACAGCUUCAUCAGUGCUGCCCGUGAACGAGAGAAGCAUUCUGCCUGCUGCGUGCGCAAUGAUCAGUCAGGCUGUGUGCAGACCUCAGAGGAGGAGUGCUCGUCCACGCUGGCAGUGUGGGUGAAAUGGCCCAGGCAUCCCAGCGCCCCAGACCUUGCUGGUCAGAAGAGGCAAUUCGGCUCUGUCUGCCAUCAAGACCCCAGAGUGUGUGAUGAGCCCUCUUCUGAGGAUCCGCACGAGUGGCCAGAAGACAUCACCAAGUGGCCGAUCUGCACCAAAAACACUGCUGGGAACCACACCAAUCACCCUCACAUGGACUGUGUCAUAACAGGCCGGCCUUGCUGCAUUGGCACCAAGGGCAGGUGUGAAAUCACCUCCCGGGAAUACUGUGACUUCAUGAGAGGCUACUUCCAUGAGGAAGCCACACUCUGCUCACAGGUGCAUUGCAUGGAUGAUGUGUGUGGUCUCCUGCCCUUUCUCAACCCUGAGGUGCCUGACCAGUUCUACCGCCUAUGGCUGUCCCUCUUCCUGCACGCUGGGAUUCUGCACUGCCUGGUGUCCAUCUGCUUCCAGAUGACUGUUCUGCGUGACCUGGAAAAGCUGGCAGGCUGGCACCGCAUAGCCAUCAUCUAUCUGUUGAGUGGUGUCACUGGCAACCUGGCCAGUGCCAUCUUCUUGCCAUACAGGGCGGAGGUGGGCCCGGCUGGCUCACAGUUUGGCAUCCUGGCCUGCCUCUUCGUGGAGCUCUUCCAGAGCUGGCAGAUCCUGGCACGGCCCUGGCGUGCCUUCUUCAAGCUGUUGGCUGUGGUGCUCUUCCUCUUCGCCUUCGGACUGUUACCCUGGAUCGACAACUUUGCCCACAUCUCAGGCUUCAUAAGUGGCCUCUUCCUCUCCUUUGCCUUCUUGCCCUACAUCAGCUUUGGCAAGUUUGACCUGUAUCGCAAACGCUGCCAAAUCAUCAUCUUCCAGGCAGUUUUCCUGGGCCUGCUGGCUGGCCUGGUGAUCCUCUUCUACUUCUAUCCCGUCCGCUGUGAAUGGUGCGAGUUCCUCACCUGCAUCCCCUUCACUGACAAGUUCUGUGAGAAGUAUGAACUGGAUGCUCAGCUCCACUGAGCUGGCUGUGGUGCUGUCGGUUGUGACCACUCUUAGCCUCACAGGCAUGCAGGACUCUUGCCUAUCUAUGUGGGGACAUGCAUUUUCUGAACACACACCUCUUGUGCCUUGUUCAUUUUUGUUGAACCCUUUAUAUUGCUGGGCAUUUAUUACACUAAUUCCCAAGAUAACCUUCUAAAUAGUUCCUUGACAACCACUGCAUGUGGCCAAUAAAUGGACCGGGAGCGUUUUAGCUGCCACUAACUUGA